AUGUCGUUCCUCGCCAUAAAAAUCAUUUUGGUCUUCAUCAACUCCUUAUCGUCUUUAUCAGCCACCAUCACAAACCCUCUCAUUAUCCUGGCCAUCCUCAAGACACCAACGCUUCACACUCCUUCCAACGUACUCCUCUGUUCUCUGGCACUCUCGGACUUCGGAGUCGGGCUGCUGGUACAACCUAUGUUUAUCAUAAAACUAGCUAGCCAUUUUUUGCCUUUUAACGCUUUGAAGUUCUCAAUAUUACUUUUUUCGGGAGCAUCUUUGUUGACCAUAACAGCGAUUGCAGUCGACCGUUAUCUUGCCUUGAAACUACACUUGAGAUAUCAAACAGUUGUGACAGUCAAAGGAACAAUAUUAGUGGCCGUUUGUAUUUGGUGCUUGGCGACUGUUGCACUGCUGUUCUACUCGUAUGCCGAUCUUCUAGCUCAAGAUAUAGCCUUAAUAGUAACACCAGUUCUUUGUCUUAGCAUCUCGUCGUACUGUUACAUCCAAAUCUAUCGUAUUGUUCGACGCCAUCGAAGACAGAUCCGUGACCAAAGCCGUUCUAUCACUCGUCAGUUUUCCUCGUCAUGUGUCCCCACUAUCGGACAAGGAAAAUCCAUUACUACAAUGUACUACAUCCAUGGGCUGUUCGUUCUUUGUGUUAUGCCGUCGCCUGUUUCUAUGCUCAUUCAUCUUGUGCAUGGCAUUGAUUUGGGUCUUGUUAUCUAUAUAUUUUUUUCUUGGACAAUUCUUUUUGUAAAUUCUGCGUUAAAUCCGUAUUUGUACUGCUGGAAAAUACCAGAAAUAAGACUGGCUGUAAAGUCGUUAAUUAAGUUUUAGGAACG